AUGGUUCUCACAAAACUUUUCUCCUCCUCCAAAAAAUCCCCCGACAAGAAAAAGCACCACAAGCCUUCCGCCAGCAACGGGUCAGACCUAUCCGACCUUCAGCUCCACGAUUCUCAACAUCCGCCCGCUUUGGUCCGUGCUGCCUCCUCCGACCGACACACCGAUUCUUCCUUGGACGUUGCCUCCAAAAACCACCAGUCCUCACAACAGCUCUCCACAUUCAGCACCGCCAACAACUACAGUAACCAUAGCAAAAACAAGUCAUCCUCCUCCCAUCGCCUUGGCUCCUCCCGCCAAUCCCCCUCUAAGUCCUCUUCCAAACCGCAGCGGGACCCGAAACACAAAAGCCGCCGGGUUGCCUCGACGCCCUCGGAUAGCCCUACCAAGCAUAAAUCUAAGAGUUCGUCCUCCCGCUUCGCCUACGAUCGGGACUCCCACCCAUUGAAUCUGCCCCCGGACGAGCUCCGUCGUCUAUCCGCCAUGGCAGCUGGGAGAGACGAUAGUCGCAGCUCCAUGGAUGUUGAGCAACCGGAUGCGGUGACCUCCCCUGCUGCGACCAACGCCGCCCCCUCCCCUUCCGCCUUCUCUACCCCCACUCGGCAGGACUCCCCUGCCUCAUCUGCGGGCAUGCAGUCAAAUGGUGUCCAUUCCGAUACGGCGGAGCGAAGCCCCACCCCUCCCCCGCAUAAUGUCACGUCAAGUGCGCCACAACCUGCACCCCCCGCUGUUGAUGCGGAGGCGUGCAAGUUAGCCGGGAAUAAGUUUUUCAAGGCUGGUGAUUAUCAGAAAGCCAUCCAGGAGUAUACGAAGGCGGUCGAGGCCCAACCGUCGUCAUCAACGUAUCUUUCAAACCGAGCGGCUGCCUACAUAUCCGCACAUCUCUACCAUGAAGCCCUGGAAGAUGCUAAACUGGCUGAUGAGUUGGAACCUGGCAACCAGAAAAUCAUGCACAGAUUAGCAAGAAUUUACACUAGUCUUGGUCGUCCCACAGAGGCAUUAUCCAUCUAUUCACAGAUCCAACCACCAGUUACCGCGAAGGAUAAAGGCCCUGCGGAGACAAUGUUACAUCAUGUCACCCAGGCAGAAGGUUCUCUACGGGAUGAUAGAGGAGGCUCUAUGACGUUAUAUUGCCUGGAUCAGGCCGUAAAGGGGCUAGGAUUUGGCGUGACUCAACCGCGCAAAUGGAGACUGAUGCGAGUGGAAGCGUAUCUAAAGAUGGGAAAUGUUAAUUCAUUGGGUGAUGCUCAAAAUAUCGUCAUGUCCAUGUUACGAGAUAACAAUCAGGAUCCGGAUGCGUUAUUACUCCGAGGCCGACUAUUUUACGCCCAAGGAGAGAACGAGCAGGCAAUCAAACACUUUAAACUCGCUCUGAGCCUAGAUCCGGACUCCACACAGGCGAUCCGAUAUCUCCGCAUGGUGCAGAAACUCCUCCGAAUGAAAGAUGAAGGAAACGCAGCUUUCAAGUCGAGAAAAUACCAAGAAGCUAUCGAUCUGUACACUAAGGCCCUGGAAGUUGACCCCAAAAAUAAGGAUAUCAACUCCAAACUGCUCCAGAACCGUGCCCAGGCCUAUCUUAACCUUAGCAUCUACGACAAAGCAAUUGAAGACUGCACAAGUGCGCUCAAACUUGAUCCUGCAUACGUAAAGGCGCAACGGGUGCGGGCAAAGGCGUACGGAGCCGCGGGCAACUGGGAGGAAGCAUCGCGUGAAUUCAAAAAGAUUGCGGAGGCUAAUCCCAACGAAAAGGGUAUUCAGGAAGAAGUUCGAAAUGCAGAGUUUGAGCUUAAGAAGAGCCAGCGGAAAGAUUACUAUAAGAUUCUUGGCGUCGAUAAGAACGCGACGGAGCAGGAGAUUAAGAAAGCGUAUAGGAAGAUGGCGAUUCAACAUCAUCCGGAUAAGAACCUUGAUGGCGAUAAGGGAGAUACACAGUUUAAGGAGAUUGGAGAGGCGUAUGAAAUUUUGAGUGAUCCUCAGAAACGUGCCAGCUAUGACAAUGGUGAUGACCUCUUAGACCCUACGGACAUAUUCGCGCGUGGUGGCGGUGCCUCCUUCGCGCACAUGGGUGGCAUGGGCGGUAUGGGAGGUAUGGGAGGCAUGGGUGGAAUGGGAGGUAUGGGCGGCGGGCAGAAUAUCCAUAUCGACCCCAACAUCCUAUUUAAUAUGAUGAACGGGGGCGGUUUUGCGCGGGGUGGCGGCCAAAAUCCAUUCGAGAGCUCCUACCACCAACACGGAUGGUAA